UUGGUUUACCAAACCGUCAUUCAGACGGAGCCACGUCCAAUCAUCUAGCGGCUUUUCAAUCCUAUAAUUUUGGCGGCGGUCGGAAGAUGGCGGAAAAUUUGAAAGUUUGUAGGGUAGCAUGCAUCGCUACUGUAGCCCAGCUGGAGGUGAUCUGUCGAGAGCAGGGGGUGAAGUGUGACGAGCUGGGCAUCAACAAGCACAACCUGUGCGACUAUGAGGUGGAAUAUCUCUGCGACUACAAAAAGAAAGUCAUCAAUAUUGGGAAGAUACAAAUAGUACAGGAGUUAUACUUGGUGAAAUGGAAGGGCUACCCCGAAUCCAGCAACACUUGGGAACCACGGAAGAACCUUAAGUGCGUAGAUCUUCUCAACCAGUUCUGGGAGGACCUGAAUGCAGAGAUGCGGAGACAGAAGAAGCGUGCUGCCCCUCGUCGCCUAGACCCCGCCACCGUGUCACAGAUCGUCCAGCGGGCCAAACUCAGACAGACCCUUAAACAGUGGGAGACACACCUCAACAGCCUGGGCACCCACAAGGGCCACAUCUACGUGCGGAACCAGGUCGACCUGGAAGGCCCGCCGAAGAACUUCACCUACAUAAACGACUAUAAAGUGGGUGAUGGGAUCUUGCUGAAUGAGGUAUCCGUGGGCUGCGAAUGCACAGACUGCCUGGAAAACCCCGUAGAGGGAUGCUGUGCCGGAGCAUCGCAGCACAAGUUUGCUUACAAUGAGUUAGGCCAGGUCCGCAUUCGGCCCGGGUUGCCCAUUUACGAAUGCAACAAGCGCUGCCGAUGCGGGAUCGACUGCCCCAACAGAGUGGUGCAGAGGGGAAUUCAGUAUUCCCUCUGCAUUUUUAGGACAGACAAUGGAAGGGGAUGGGGGGUAAAAACCAUGGAGCGCAUUCGGAAGAACACUUUCGUUAUGGAGUAUGUCGGGGAGAUCAUUACAACAGAAGAAGCCGAACGCAGAGGUCACAUAUAUGAUAAAGAAGGCGCCACCUAUCUGUUUGAUCUGGAUUAUGUUGACGACGAGUACACCGUGGAUGCUGCUCACUAUGGAAACAUCUCUCACUUUGUCAAUCACAGUUGUGACCCCAACCUCCAGGUAUAUAAUGUGUUCAUUGAUAACCUGGAUGAGCGGCUGCCGCGGAUAGCGUUCUUUGCCACUCGUGGGAUAAAGGCAGGAGAGGAACUCACAUUUGACUACAACAUGAAAAUUGACCCAGUAGAUGCUGAGAGCACGAAGAUGGAUUCUAAUUUCAGUCUGACGGGACUCCCAGGCUCUCCUAAAAAGCGAAUGCGCGUAGAGUGCAAAUGCGGGGUGUCGACAUGUCGAAAGUACCUCUUCUAGAGGAAGUCCAUGCUAAAUAGGGACUGAAAGAAGAUCAUGUGUUCCAGUGAAUGUUGAAAGCAUCUGCAGUUUAGAAACUGUUUUGCGAGGCGUUUUGAAAUACUUAAUUGAAUUUUAAAUAUAUAUUUAAGAAUUUUUUUAUUUCCUCAAGAUCAACCUCAACUAUUUACUUAGUAUUGUUGUCUUCCACAUUUAAAUAGUGUAUAAAAUGUAGCAAUACUUUUUCAGUUUGUCCAUUAGAAAAGUUUGUAAAGUAAACAAAAAAAAAUAUUUUCAGUAAAUUUUUUAAACCCUUAUUUUAAUUCAUAUCAAGCUUUGACUCCUUGGAAUUCUUAUUUUUUGUACAUUGAAAUAUGCUUUAUCUGUUCAAAUAGAAUGGAUUCUCUUUUUAUUUUUUACUUUUACCAGAAAAAAAAAAAAAUGUAGACAUAUUUUUAGGAAAUAUUUUUAGGCCAGUGCAAAAUAUCAAAAAUCUAUAAUGUCCUUCCCUCAAUUUUUUUUUCAUGCGCUCAGAUUUCCACCAGGGGGCGAAAUUUUAUUGUUAAUGCACAGAAGCGGAAGUUCGUUAGACUGAAGGAGGGGGACCUACAUGAAAUGUUGCCUUUUAUACAUACAAAAUGUUAUCAUUCUGUGUUUUACGUGUGUAUAGUCUAACAAAAUUCAUACUGUCAAAACUGGUUUUUCAGUAACUGUAUUUGAGUGCUGGACCUAAACAGAUGCAUAAAUGCUUAACUUUAUUAUUUCACAGGUCUGACUAUUCAGGGCUGUGUUUCCCGAAAGCUUACUUAUGCUUCCUGUGCUUUCGGGAGUCAGAGCUCAGGUGGUUUUCAGAACUGGACAGUGAAGCUGGAAUGUGUGCUGUAGGUUAAUGUGAGAUGGUAUAUCAAUUCUGGAUUAACCAAUGCCCAGGACCAUUUUGCUUAAAUGAAAUAAAUUCACACAAUUACAUAACUAUCGUUCAACCAAAUCUGUGCAUAUGUAAAUAUUUAAAGACUACCACUUGUUAUUUUUUGGGGGUUUUGCAUUAAAAAAAAAUCAAAUCAA